UUCAGCAUUUGUAGCUUCCAUACCAUCAAGAAAAUCAAACCCCAACAAUCCGACUUCGAAAUAUGGAUACCAGAUUAUCUAGCAGUGUCAUGGGUAUUCCGAUGACAUCAACAAGGGGACUACUUCUUUCUAAACCUUACGAACCCCAUUAUCCUCUUUCUAAUUCCAAAAUCAACGUUAACAGCCUAGAAAGAAAAGGCAGUUUCGCAGUCGCGAUUAAAGAUCGUGCAAGCUUAGUACCCAAACUAAUGGAACUUGUGAAACAGAAGUUGAAUUAUGGUACCAAAAUCCUACCACUUGGCCGCGAAGCAAAACUCUUCAGGAAAAGUUUCAGUACCAGGGAUGGUGAGAAGUUGUUGCAUGCCUCCCGGUGCCACAUAUACACAACCGUCGGUGCGAUUGCAGGCAUCCUCUUCAUGUCUAGCGAAAGGGUUGGAUUUCAUAGUGAUAGAUCCCUCCAAACAUAUUCUACAGCUGGGGAGCUCUUAAAGUUCCAAUAUAAGGUGUCAAUCCCGUUGGAAAAGAUAAAAAGAGUAGGCGAGAGCAUGAACACGAAGAGGCCGUCGAACAAGUAUGUGGAGUUAGUAACCAUGGAUGAUUUCAACUUCUGGUUUAUGGGCUUUUCAGAUUACAGGAAAACUCUAAGACACCUUCAUAGGACAAUCGGUCCAGACUGCUUAAGCAAUUGAUGUUGAACAUUAGUCCUCAAUUCCAUGUAAAUUUCGAAUAGACAAACAUUAUGUAGUAGUCAUACAUCUACUAAUAGGAACAUGUGUAUAUAUAUUUGCUGAUACAGGAGAGAAAUUGAUAAUCACUCAUCAUCU